GACAGUUUAUCCGGAUCCAACGUUGAAUUGAUUUGUAAACAUUGAUUUUUUGAAUCAUACUUGCUACUUCUCCAUGAUUUAUUUUAUUAAUUUUUGUUAAUUGACAUUGUAUCUUACACUAUGGCUUUGAAACAACAUAAUCUGACGUGUACAGGACAUACAAGGCCUGUUGUAUUUUUAAAUUUCAGUGGAAUAACCGAUGGUAAAUACUACCUCAUCUCUGCUUGUAAAGAUGGAAAACCUAUGCUGCGACAAGGGGAAACUGGUGACUGGAUAGGUACUUUUGAGGGUCAUAAAGGAGCAGUUUGGGGUGCAGCUCUAAAUGUUGAUGCCUCGAAAGCAGCUACAGGAGCCGCUGAUUUUAGUGCUAAACUUUGGGACGCUAUUAAUGGAUCCGAAUUAGCUUCACUGCCUCAUCGUCACAUUGUUAAAUCUGUUUCAUUCAGUACAGAUAGCUCACAACUGGUAACUGGAAGUAACGAGAAAUUAAUGAGAAUAUUUGAUCUUAAUAGACUGGAUGCUGAACCACUUAAAAUUAAUGGCCACACAUCAUCUAUAAGGCAUGCAUUGUUUUUAAACGAUGAUAGAUGGUUAAUAUCUGCUUCGGAUGAUAAAACAAUUAGAUUAUGGGAUCUGAAAUCUCUUCAAGAAAUUCAAAGAUUAGAAUUCUCAAGCAUUCCAAAUGACUUAGAGCUUUCAGCUGAUAAAAAUCUACUGACGGUUGCAUCCGCAAAUUCUGUUAGUUUUCAUGAAAUCAAUGGUCUGAACAAAAUCAAAGAGUAUCAGGUUCCAACUAUAGUUUAUACAGCAUCCUUGUCUCCUGAUAAAGCUGUUUUUGUAUGCGGUGGCGAAGACUUUACUAUGUACAAAUAUCAAUUUGAAGAUGGAACUGAAUUGGAUUCUUUCAAAGGUCACUUUGGUCCAUUGCAUUGUAUCAGAUUCUCUCCGGACGGUGAAUUAUACGCUAGUGCCAGCGAAGAUGGAACCAUUAGAUUAUGGCAAACAGUUAUAGGUAAAACUUAUGGUCUCUGGAGGUAUGAAAUGUAACUUUUCGAGGUCGGGUUCGAAAAGCAAGCAUGUAAUUUAUGAAACAGACUUUCAGCUGGUCAAUUCUCAAGCAGCUAAAAAUCUAAUCAUAAAUGAGUUUGUUUUUUACAAUUAUAUUGGUAUUUGAGAAGGUCCAAUAUACCGAUAUCAAUUGAUAUUACUUCACUUCGUGGUGUUCCCAUGACAGUUAGUUGGUUGCCUAAAAAAGACAUCAAUCCCAAUUUAUUAAAAACAGUCUAGGUAGACAAAAAAUUUUAAACGAAAAUGGAAAAACCGGUGAAAUAUCAUUGGACACAGAUGUUUCUCACGUGAUAAAAAAUGUUGACAUUUAUUUUUGACUUACUCUUUCUUUUGGUUGUUAAUUUAUUACUUAAUUAUUAUUUUAAUCAUUGUUAUGGCCUUUCGUAAUUUAAUCAACAAUUUAAAACAAUAUGCUCGUUCAGUUCCUAAUAAAUUUAGUCAAUCACCCUUGAA